CGGUCCGUGAAUUACCUACCUCCCUAUUUUAUUUCACGCGGAAUGAACAGAGAAAGUGAUAGCUGACCAUCCUCUCUAUAGACGCUGGCCUUGUAAUUCCACUUGCUUUACCGAAAAUUCUCGGGUCGGAAAAAGUCCGGCUGAAUAUCUCGCCCUUCUUUUCCUGAUUCCUUAUUCAAGUUAGGGAUUUUGGGAAAAGCUACAGCAUCCAAUCGUUUGUCUUCUGGACGUGCUAUUGUGAGUUGUCAUAUCGUCCAGAAAUGGAUCAGAUUCUGAACAAGGCGGGUUCCUACUGGUUUAGCAAGAGAGCAAACAAGGAGCUGAAUUCCGUCGGGGACGACAUAAACUCAUUGCAAGUCAGUAUCCAAAGCGGAACCCAAUGGCUAGUCAACAAAUUGAAAGGAAAGAUGCAGAAGUCAUUGUCAGAACAUCUAAAGGAGUACGACUUGCCAGAAGGUAUUUUUCCCAGUGAUGUAACACAUUACGAGUUCAAUGAAGCGACAGGAAAGCUCGUUGUCAACAUACCGUCAAGUUGUGAAGUGGGCUACAGGGAUAAGUCUGUUUUGCGGUUUGAUACCACAGUGACAGGGUAUCUUCAGAAAGGAAAGCUAACUGACAUUGAGGGAAUGAAAACAAAGGUGGUGAUGGUUUGGGUAAAAGUCACUGCCAUUGCUUCUGAAGGACCAAAGCUCCACUUCACAGCUGGGGUACAGAAGACCAGGAAAAGGGAUUCUUAUGAGGUUACUAAAGCUGGAUUCAGUAUAGAUAAAUUUUAGAGUGUGGUCAAAUAGCAGUCACCGCAUGAAUAUAUGUUGUAAUGACUUUUGCUACCUUCUUUACUACUUGUUUCUUUGCCCAUUUUCUUGUCACGUGCUUUAAUGACAUUUCCUAAGGCUGUUGCGUUCGCUGCAACAUUCCUAAUAUUAAGUUACAAAGUGUAUCUGUGUAUGCAUGUUCAUUCCAUGGAUGCGGGCAUUUUCGUUAAUUUGUAACCAUUGUUUUCAUGCUGAACAAAACACCAAGUGCUGUUUAUGAAAAUUUCCAAAAAAUGAGAUAAAAAACUUGCAGC